GCCCCGGGCGCGCUCAGGUGUAGGGCCGAGCGGCUAGCGCAGCGGCGGCGGCUGGUGGACGGUGUCAGAUGUCAGGUGUCGGGUGUCCGAAGCCGCCGGCUGGGAUCAAUGGAUGGCACCUUGGACAGGAUAUUUGGUGCCAGGUCCCAGAAGCCAGUUUGCUGAAUUAUUGUCUCAGUCAGUCAGGAUCACUGGGCUGUGAGUCUCUUUGAAGGUCUGUGGUCACUCCCAGGUGCCAGCUCAGGUGGAGGCACACCUGGAAGCCACUUUCAAGUACUUUUGCCACAGGUGUAAAAGACUCCCGAACUGCAAAGAUGCUGAAACAGAUACUCUCAGAGAUGUACAUAGAUCCUGAUCUACUGGCAGAGCUCAACGAAGAACAGAAACAGAUCUUGUUCUUCAAGAUGAGGGAAGAGCAGAUCCGACGAUGGAAAGAAAGAGAAGCAGCAAUGGAAAAGAAGGAGUCCUUGCCAGUGAAACCCAGACCUAAGAAAGAGAAUGGCAAAUCUGUUCAUUGGAAACUGGGAGCCGAUAAGGAAGUCUGGGUCUGGGUGAUGGGUGAACACCAUCUGGAUAAACCCUACGAUGUGCUCUGCAAUGAAAUUAUUGCCGAGAGGGCCCAGCUGAAAACAGAGCAGGAAGCAGAAGAGCUCAGAAAAACUCAAGCCAAAGAACUCACCAAUUGCUUGGAAACAAAAUCACAGCACUGUGAUCUACAAGCACCAAAUAACUGGGAGACUGAGCACAGCUCGAAGAAAGUGACCGAGGAGAAGGAACUGGGGCAGGGAUCUAGACCAGCACCAACCCCUGAAGAUGAGAAAAUCCAGUCACCCUCCAGUUCUCCAAGAAGUAUUCAACAAAUGUUGGCAGAUUCUAUCAGUCGUAUGAAGGCAUGUGGAUUUCAUCAGAAGAAAGAAUCCAUGAAGAAAAAGGAAGAUGAAGAAAUAAAACAAAUUGAUGAAGAGAAAGCCAAGCAGAUUUAUAAGAACUGGAAAGAAGACUCGGAGUGGCAGGCAUCUCUGCGAAAAUCCAAAGCAGCAGAUGAGAGGAGACGCUCCUUGGCUAAACAAGCUCGGGAAGAUUACAAGAGGUUAUCCCUAUCGGCCCAAAAAGGAAGAAACAACGAGGGACUGCAGAGUCCGCCGAAUGCUGCGCAGAAACCAAAAAGACCCCCUCUAUUGCCCAAGCCUCAAUUCUUAAGCCCAGCGAGAUACCCUAGACAACCUCUUAGAAACCAGGGGAAGACAAGGACAGCCUCCAGCUUUGCCCAGGAGGACAUCAUCCGAUGGUUUAAAGAGGACCAGCUACCCCUGCGAGCCGGCUACCAGAAAACCUCAGACACCAUUGCUCCCUGGUUCCAUGGAAUUCUCACACUAAAGAGAGCAAAUGAACUUCUGAGCACAGGCGUGCCAGGCAGUUUUCUGAUCCGAGUCAGUGAAAGGAUCAGAGGCUACAUCCUGUCCUAUGCGUCCAAGGACGGCUGUAAACAUUUCAUCAUAGAUGCCUCUGCGGACUCUUACAGCUUCUUGGGUGUGGACCAGCUGCAGCAUGCCACCCUGGCGGAUUUGGUGGACUAUCACAAGGUGGAACCCAUAACUUCCCUGGGGAAAGAGCUCCUUCUUUACCCCUGUGGGCAGCAGGACCAGCCACCCGACUACCUGGAGCUCUUUGAGUGACAGACUCCAUCUCUGUCAUCCUGUACCUUCCAGCUGGGCUUUCCUGGACAAACUCCCCUGAAAGGGACAUUUCUGUGUGAAGCCAGAGUCACCCUGCAGCAGACCUGGAGCCAGCACUGAUCAACUGAAAGUAUCCUUGGAGUCCUUACUGAGAGCUCUCUUCUGCACGAACUGGGGAGUUUAAUGUUAAGUGAAAAUUACUUCUGCAUCACGUGUACUCCAAAAGCAGAGGGAGAAGAUUCCCAAUUUCAGCAGCUAGCUAACAUGAAGGAUGCAACUGUAAUGAUGUAUAUAAGAUAAAAUGAACAAAGAGAGAAAAUUGAAGCCUUUUUAGGAAUGAGGAACCCUGGUGGCGUAGUGGUUAAGUACUACCGCUACUAACCAAAAGGCCGACAGUUUGAAUCCACCAGGCGCUCCUUGGAAACUCUAUGGGGCAAUUCUCUUCUGUCCUGUAGGGUCACUAUGAGUCAGAAUUGACUCGACGGCAAUGGGUUUUUUUUUUUUUUUU